CUCCCAUUAUAAGCUGCUGUGCAAUAGGAGCAAUAAAAGAAAAAUCUUCAGAUUCAUUCUUUUAGACCAAAAAUAUUUGGAAACUAGCCCCAGGUUGAAUUUGCCUGUAAUUGUCCUUUAAUAUUAAACACACGUUCCUGUAAUACCUGUAAAGCAUGCACAUAUUAAGGAAUGUGUCAGUAAUCCAGUAAUCUACAUAUCAUAACAAUAUCAGUGGAACUUCCUUUUAACUAAAAAAAAUCUUUCUCUUUUUCAGAACAAGUACUCAGAGCUACUGAAGAGCUGCUUUGUCAGCGCAGGCCUCAGUGUACUGGAGGACCAUGGAAAGCUACAAACUGAGAGUCAUCAUAAUGGAACAGGACAUACAGAAAGUGUCACUAGAUGGAAAACCAGAAAUGGUUGAAGAGCUGAAGACCAAAAUCAAGGAAAAAUGCAAGCUGCAGUAUGACUUCAGUGUUAUGUAUGAAGAUCCUGACUUCGAUAAUGCCCUCUGCAACCUCAGUGACAUAGGAGACUUGCCAACUACAAGAGCGACUGUGAAGGUCAUUCUGCUGCUGGUGACAGCCGCCACCGCCAGCACAUCUGAUACCUCCUGUGCCUCUGAUGAUACAGAGAUUCUGUCCACACACAGCUCGUCUUCAUCAAUGAGACAAGAGCCAUGGCCAGAGUUUUUUGACAUUCCAAAUUUCUCAGUUGAUGUGGAAUUUAGACUGAGACAGGCUAAUCUUGCAUACAUGCGAGACAAAACACACUGGAAUGUACCAAAAGACAUCAAGCAUGGUAUUCUGGAAAAACUUGCUGAAACAAUUUACAAAUUUGAUACCUACCCAACUGUUGAGCGGCUCCAAUCUGUGGCACUUGCACUCAUCAGCAAACAUCCCUGCUUGAGGGAACCAGGUUCACCAGAUGGGUGUUCUGGCUGGAAGUAUAGCUUGAAAUACAAAAUGGGGAACUAUCGUGGUAAACUGAAAAGAGCAGGGUGUAUAGAGGUUGCGAUAAAUGCUGGGAAAGGAGGUAGACCGCAAAUGGCUUCAAAAGGCCUCAAAAGACUAAAAAGGUAUGAGGUCAAUUACUUACCGGACAUUCCUGAGGGGCAGAGUGAAGAUAGCCUGGAGGCUGCGAGAAAACUCCUGGUUGAAGAAAUGAAAAAAAGGAACCCCAGUGGAACUGUCAUUGCAUCAAAGAUGGACCAGACCUUCCCAAUGCGGAGAAGGGAGAUUGUGGAGGCCGGACCGCCAGUGAAAACCUUGAAGGAGCGGUGGCCAGCUCUUUUUACGGGGAGACAAGUGUUUGCAGAGUUCAACAGGAUAGUCACCAAAAACCUACAGAUGGACUUUUUUGAUGCCCUGGACCGCCACACACCACGCCUUGUCACGAUCUUCAAGUCCAAGAAAGGAAGUGUGGGAGAGACCCUGACUGAGCUGGUGCAACAAAUUGAUUCAGGGAAAUCAGAUGUAACGGCAAUGGGCACCAUUGUACUCCGAGGCCUCCCUGUUCUACUUGGAUUGUGACAGUGAUGAGACCUGCGCAUAAGUAUCUGUGGGGGUGCUGACUGUUGUCCCUGAAGAUGUGCAACUCUCUCCGAAUCAGCUCCACCUUGACCCAGUGUCUAAUGCCAUCAUUGUUGAAGGAGGUAUUGUAAUGGAUAAUCUCCAGAACCUACCUGAAGCACUUUCUUGUUUGGGCUGUCGUAUGCUUUACAUUUGGACUACCCUAAAGCCAUGAAAAACACAAAGAGUGAUGCUUGGCUUGGGAGAGGACAAACUCACACCGAAACUGCAAAGUCUUAAAAAUCUCCUGUUGAGUUAGAAUGCAAAUAAAUGUAUGAGUGGUGACAUUUGGCAAAUCUCACUUUUUAAUGAGAGUGUAUUCAGUUGCUUUUUAUUGUUCACUAAAUUAAGACACUCCAUCCAGAUUGUUAGUCCACGGGUUCAUCAGCAAGUUACAUCUAGAGGCAGUAGAUGUAUGUAUAUUCAUUCACGCAUAUGUGAGAUCCAUUGCCAGUCAUUACAUUUUCAUGUUGUUGCGCUCAUUGAAUGAAGCCACUUUACACUUGUCAGCAUGUUGGUUCUUUACAAAGGUUGGCCUAUAAACUGUGUAUUAUUGUUAUUACAGUAUUAAAACUGUGUUUUCAGGAUUAUAUGUCAAAUUAAAGGUCAGGGUUGGAUUUUCUUUUUUCCAGAUUUAUACUUAUUUAUUUUUUAUCAGCUGGCAAGUAUUACUGGCACAUUAUUGUACCAACACAGAUUUUGGUACUAGUGUAUAUGCAGGCAGACAGUCCAGCAGACUCCAUUGUACUCCUAUAGCAGUGAGUUGUCAGACAAGUGUAAUGUGAAAAUUUGGUGUUUAAAUAAAUGUGAUCUUAUUUUUUUAUACUGUCAUUUAAAUUGUGGUGUACAGAAGCCAGUAUUUGCCAUGACUAUAGCUGCACACAGCCUCUUAAAAUUGUUUUAAACCAGCACAAUACGAUUUUAGAGUGGCAUAAUGUGUUAACAGACCUGAAACUAAAGUGUGCUCUGACUUUUUGAAAUGUAAUGAAUGUAAACCAGCACCAUAUUGUGUGGACCAACCCUGUUUUCAGACCUUUGUGUCUUUUUCUAAAGUUUGUUACCAACUACUGUACCACACUUAAGCUUGUCUUACCGUUACCUCACUGUUUAAAAUAGGCAACUCAAAAUCAGAUGGAUCAUUUUUGUACCAAAAUGAUUCUGAUGCUGGAAAUUCAACAAUUGAAUGUAUUGUUGAUAUGAUAUAAAAAGAAGAAAAA